AUGUCUUUAAAAAAAGGUAGAAUCAGACCAGUAAAGCGUAUGCCUACCCAUACACAAGAGUACGAUGAAGGAUUUGAGAUAUUAAGCAAUGCUAUGAUGGUUAUAUUUAAAAAACAAGCACGAGAGUUGUCUUAUGAAUUGUUAUACCGCACCGCCUACAAUUUAACUAUUCGGCAAUUUGGCGAAAGACUUUACCACGAUGUAGAAAAGGUGAUUGCAACUUAUUUGGAGACAAUUGCUGAACAACAAGUCGUACCUGCCUUUACCAACACAGCCUCAGCUGAUGAAUUUAUCGCGUCAAAUGCAACUGCCGACGAAGGUGCGUUAUUUUUGAACACUAUUAAAAAAGUAUGGGAUGAUUAUACAGCAGCCAUCGAUUUAAUAUUGCAGGUUUUGUACUAUCUGAAUGAAAGGUUGCCAAAGUAUAAUUUACCAGGCAUUUACGAUAUGGGUUUAAACUUAUUUCGUGACAGAAUUAUACAUUCAAAUAAAUACCCAAUCCAGCAAAACCUGAUAUCUGCUAUGUUACGGCAAAUUCAAUUGGAAAGAACAGGCGAUGUUAUUGAUAGAAGUGCUUUACAAUCAGCGGUAGAUAUGCUGGUCAAAUUAGCUGAUCCAUCAACGCAGACCACUGUUUAUGCUACGGAUUUUGAAUCAAAGUAUUUAGAGACCAGUACAUCAUUUUAUCAGAUCGAAAGCCAAACCUUGAUAUCAGAAUGCGAUGCGCCAGAAUUUAUGCGGAGAGUGGAAAAACGAUUAGACGAGGAAUAUGAAAGAACAGUUCACUGUUUGUCAAUGUCCACAGAACCCAAAAUAAGAAAUAUAGUGGAAACACAAUUGAUAGCUAAGAAUCUGAAAACACUGAUGGAGAUGACAAACUCUGGUCUGAAAAGUAUGUUGGAUGCGGAUAAAUAUACUGACCUCCUGCGCAUGUACAACCUCUUUGCACGCGUUCCAGCUGGACUGAACGAAAUGAGAACCUUUAUGAGUCAAUAUAUUUUGGAUUUAGGAAGCCAGAUCAAUCAAAAUACAACAACUGAUUUGAAAGAACACCGACAACAGGAGAAGGGUUCCAACGCUGCUAUCAAUUGGGUAUUACAAGUUUUAUCUUUGCAAGAGAAGUUUGACAAAUUGCUAGAACAAGCAGCCAAUAAUGACAAAUCAUUCCAAACCAUUUUCAAUGAAGCGUUUGAGCAUUUCAUCAAUGAAAACCAAAAAUCAGCGGAAUUUAUAUCCUUAUUUAUUGACGAGAAUCUCAAAAAAGGAUUGAAAGGAAAAUCAGAAGAUGAAGUGGAUGACAUCCUGGAUAAAACGAUUACAUUGUUCAGAUAUUUGCAGGAUAAAGAUGUAUUUGAACGAUAUUAUAAGCAGCACUUAGCCAAGCGUCUAUUGUUUAAUAGAAGCGUAUCUGAUGAUGCAGAAAGAGGCAUGUUAUCUAAACUAAAGAGAGAAUGUGGCUAUCAAUUUACAAACAAAUUAGAAGGAAUGUUUAAUGAUAUGAAAUUAUCGGCAGAAAUGAAUUCACAAUUCAAAGAUUACUUGGAAAAACGGUCUACAACGGAUGCAGACAAAUUAUUUGACACUUCUGUUACAGUAUUAACGUCCACAUUCUGGCCUCUUAAUUUAUCAGCUUCGCCAAAAUGUACUUUACCUGCCAAUCUAUUACAAGCUUGUCAAUCUUUCGAACGAUUUUAUUUUGACCGGCAUAGCGGAAGAAGAUUGACAUGGCAGCCACAAAUGGGUUCAGCAGAUUUACGGGCCCAAUUUAGCAAAUCAAAGCAUCUAUUGAACGUCUCUACAUACGCCAUGAUUGUUCUCUUACUCUUCAAUGAAAAUGAUUCUUUAACAUUUGACGAAAUCCUUCACAAUACCCAAAUACCAGAACAAGAUCUGAAGAGAACUCUGCAGUCUUUGUCAGCAGGAAAAUAUAAGCUUUUAACGAGAAAGUCAACAGCCAGUGAAGAGGAAAGGGAAAGCAAAAAGAGCAAUGCCUCCAACUAUACUUUUACGUUCAAUGCUGGAUUUACCAGUAAUAUGGCUCGUAUCAAAAUACAAGCUUUCGUGUCCAAAGUUGAAUCGGAUAACGAAAGAAAACAAACACAGGAUAAAGUAGAUGAAGAACGUAAACAUCAGAUUGAAGCCUGUAUCGUCCGCAUUAUGAAGGACAGAAAGACUAUGGAACAUAAUUUAUUAAUCGCAGAAGCGACGAAACAGUUGAGUUCGCGAUUUAUACCAAGCCCUGUGAUGAUAAAGAAACGUAUCGAAGCGCUUAUCGAUAGGGAAUAUUUGGAAAGAGACGCAGAAGACAGACGUUCAUAUCAUUAUCUGGCCUAA